AUGGACGCCGCGCCAGACAGCCUCGAUGAGUGGCGAAAUCGUCUGUUCCAUGUAACGGAGAUCAUGACACUCUCCGAGGAAGAAUGGAGCACAUACUGGCCCUACGUCGACAAUAUCUGGUCUCACCGCUCUACCCAAAAAUCAAAAAAGGGUCCAUUCCAAACUCAUUACUACGACUGUCGCCUGAAGGGACGUCCCCCAGGCACCCCACAGAACCAGGACCCUAACAAAAAGAAGCGCAAGCGUACAGCGCGCGAGCGCGACCUCUGCGAUAUGAAAAUCAAGGUGAUCGAGACGUUUGGUGGGCCAGCCGGGAGGACAUUUACGAUCGAAAGAGUGAGGAAGGAGGGAUUGGCGGGGAGGGUGAGGGUUGGUGAUCCUGGGGGUGAUGAUGUACUGGAAGGUAUGGGUAUGGGGGGUAUGGGAGGCAUGGUGCUGGAUGGUAGUGGUGGUGCAGGCGACGAUGGCGUGGCGGGAUCGGAGGUGAUAGGCGCUGGGUUAGACCAGUAUGGACUUCCGGGAAUGCUAGGGGAGGUACAUAGGCACUCACUCGAGGAGAGCGAUCGAAUUAAGAAAUGCACGGUGGAGAGGGAGGGGAUUAAGAGACAGAAGGAGAUGAAGAAGGUGCAGAUCUUUCCAUUUGCGUUUUCUAUUACCACUAUCAUUACCACCUCUCCCGCUUCUAUCAUCACCCCAACUCGUUUCUUUUCCGCCUACCACAAGAAUCUUGAGAUGUCUGACCCAUCCCCCCCACCUCUGCCCUCCCAUGCGGGAAAGGCACCCGGGCAGAGACAGCAGAAGACAUACCCCAAGAAAGCGUCCGGCCAGGCCCUGCAGACCGUCAAGCGUCACUCCAAGCCUAAUGAGCUUAAGUUGUUUGGUAGCUGCUUCUGCCCAUUCGUGCAGCGCGUUUGGAUCGCCCUUGAAGUCAAAGGCCUCAACUACCAAUAUAUUGAGGUCGACCCAUAUAAGAAGCCGCAAAGCCUUCUUGAUAUUAACCCCCGCGGCCUAGUGCCGGCGCUCAAGCACGGCGACUGGGGCUGCUAUGAGAGCACCGUACUGCUCGAUUAUCUGGAGGACCUUGGUGUUGGAACCGCAUUGUUGCCCGAGCAUCCGCAGCUCAAGGCGACAUCAAGACUGUGGGUCGAUCAUGUGAACCGCAAUAUCGUACCCGGCUUCUAUCGGUACCUGCAGGCGCAGGAACAACAAAAGCAGGUUGAGCUCGCAGAGGAACUUCGGAUCGAGAUCGCAAAGAUCGUCGAUGCCGCAGACGUAGUUGGGCCUUUCUUUCUCGGCCCGUUUAUAACCUUUGUCGACGUCUCCAUCGCGCCGUGGCUCCUGCGCCUGUCGCGUGUUCUUCACCCAUAUAAGGGAUGGCCAUUGGCUCAACCUGGGACGCGCUUGGCCACAUGGAUUAACGCGCUGGAGGGUAGCGAGGCAGUCGGGAAUACCCUGAGUGAUCCUGUGCUGUAUUUGGAGAACUAUGAGAGGUAUGCUGAGAAUCGACCGGAUACGAGCCUGGUUGCGAGGGCUGUUAAUGCAGGUAGAGGACUGCCGUAG